CUUUGCGGGAACGCCGGGAAACCUGUGCGGUUUUGAGCUUGAAAUCCGGAAAAAGGUGCCCACCUCCUCUUCCGUUUUGUGUAGUUCCUCGGCGUCCAUUCGUAACGGUGUUGUGGCUGGUGGAUAAAUCGCGGAGCUGCCGCUGAAAAAACAGUAUCACUUUUUUGCUGCGUUCGCCAAUUAGUCCGCAAAAAGUGGUCUUGCAGAUUUCCUGGUACGGCUUGUCGCGUCGUAAUACCGUCCCUCUUCCCGGAAGGCUCCCGUUGACGCUCAAGGAUUCGCGAAGAUGUUCGACGAUGAGAAGGAAUAAUGCAAAGCAUAGUGAACGGUGGUAGUGUCGGGGGAAACUCUGAAAACAAUCAGCAAACCGCUUCCGGCAUCCAGCAGCAGCCAAAACAUGAAGAUGAAAUUAUGCCCAUGAGCAAGGAUAGGCUCGCAAACGACUUCGAUUCGAUCCGCAAUUCGAUAGAAAUUAAUCCUUUGGAGAGUGCAAAAACUGACGUGACAACCGAUUGCCCGCCGGACAGCGAAGAGGGUGGCAACAACGGCGGCAACGACGACGGCGGCGAAUCAUCCUCAGGACAGGACCAUCAGCAAAUUCGAUUGGUAUCUUUGGAUAAGUUACUGCGAACCAGCCUGAUAGAGACCUUGGAUGAGCAGCAAGAAGGUGAAGAGGACGACGUACUCUUCGUCAGCUCGUCAAACAGCAGCAGCAGAAGAAGGGGUCGCGAUCGCCAAGUUAAAAAGGCCAAUGCCAGCAUAAUUGAAAUAAAUAGCAGCGAUACCAGCGACAGUGACUGUUUCAUCGGUCCACCAUCAAACACUUCUCCUAGGAGCAAGCGAAAUCCUUCAAAAACGCCUCGCCGCAUCAGCAGCAAACCGGCGCAGAGCAGCCCCAUCCACAACAGUCAAUCCUCGCCGACAGUGUACCAAACGCGCGACUUUACUGUAGUAGUGGAAAAAUUGCCCACAGACCUGAGGUCAAUAGAAUCGUUGUACGGUGUAACGGUACACGAUCUUAACGACAAGAGAAUCGAAAGAUUCUUAUCAAACACAAACUAUUUCGGUGACUUAAAACGCACCAAAGCUCUUGUAUCCAAUCAAACGAAGCCUACUAAGCCGGCAAACGGCGAUAAAGCUCGCGCUAAAAAGCGUAUGCUGAGUGAAUCCGAUUCAGAGAAACCGGCAAAAAGCAAGACCGAAUCCGAUUCUGCAAAACAGGCAAAAAGUGCGGGCAGCGAAUCUGAUUCCGAUAAACCGCUAAAAAGUCGAAAAAAAUCGAACAUUCCAAAAACAAAAAUGGCUAGAAAUGCGAAAAAACGCAGGGCAGUGAGCGACAGCGAAGAGGAAGAAUGGUGUGAUGCGGAAAAUACAGGAAAAACCGGUGAUGAUAGUCCUCCGCCGGAGUCAGCUGUAGCAACCAAUGGAGGAAGUGAUACGAACGAUGAGGAAGCCAAAGUGGACGACGAUGGUGGCAACGACAGUGCGCCUUCCGCUAGCACAACCGGCAGAAGCCGACGAGCGGCCACUAGAUCUUGCCGCACUAAUCUACGUACCGGGCUCACCUCGGAUGAAGAUGGCGAUGAAGCAAAGGACGAUUUCCAAACGCGUAAAAAACGUACCCGCGUUAGGAAAAACUCAUCCUCUUCCGACGAGAAAAAGCCCGCCAAACCGAAGGUAACUAAACGUAGGCGCAUUAAGAAAAAUUCUUCGGACAGUGAGGCCGAUUCGCCCAACAAAGGACGGAAGAACAUUCGCAAGUUGAUGAAGAAAAAAGAUCUUGAUGAAACGACGAAAAAUGCGGAGCAGGUGGAGCGGGAACGCAAACAGCGCGUCGCUGAGCGACAAAAACUGUACAACCAAGAGGCUUACGAUGAGAAACCGGAACAGAUACGGCCACUAGAGAAGCUGGUGUUGGAUUUCGAUGAAGAGACGGCGGAAGCGCUGCUUGAGAUGGAUAAACGGCUAGUGAAGCAGCUAAAACCGCACCAAGCAAACGGAAUUAAGUUUAUGUUCGAUGCUUGCUGUGAAAGCUUAGAGCGGUUGCGAGAAACAGCCGGCUCUGGAUGCAUUCUAGCUCACUGCAUGGGUCUCGGCAAAUCGCUACAGGUUGUGGCCCUCUCACACACACUGCUCUCCAACGCGGAUAUAACGGGGAUCGAACGAAUUCUGGUGGUUUGUCCAUUAUCUACCGUGCGCAAUUGGGUAAAUGAGUUUAAAAUCUGGCUGAAGCAUGUUGAAAAGGGAUCGAGAGUGGAGGUAUACGAAAUAUCAAGGUACAAGGACAACGUAACACGAGCGAACAGACUGAUGGAGUGGCACAACGAAGGCGGUGUGAUGAUCUUGGGUUACGACAUGUUUCGCAACCUAGCCAACCCCACGGCUCCUCGUUUACGAAAGAAAGUUCGUGAAUCGCUUCAAACUUCACUCAUCGAUCCCGGACCGGAUAUGAUUGUUUGUGACGAAGGACAUCUAUUGAAGAACGAGAAAACUUCACUCUCUAAGGCUAUAACUCGCAUCAAAACGAUGCGUCGCAUAGUGCUUACCGGUACUCCGAUUCAGAAUAAUAUGAAAGAGUAUUACUGUAUGGUACAGUUUGUGAAACCGCAGCUGCUCGGAACGUACACGGAGUACAUGAACCGUUUUGUGAAUCCUAUCACCAACGGACAGUACACCGACUCGACACCAUACGAUAUUCAGCUGAUGCGGAAACGUGCACACGUACUGCACAAGCUGCUGGAUGGGUGUGUGCAACGGCGUGAUUAUUCCGUACUUGCACCAUUUUUGCCACCGAAAUUGGAAUUUGUGGUGUCAGUUCAACUGACUCCAAUGCAAAUUGCACUGUAUAAGUACUAUAUGGAACAUUUUGCUGGCAAAAGGCACGAAGAUUUGAUGCAAAAACGGUCAUCGAUGCUGUUCUCGGAUUUUCAAAACCUGCAGCGAAUAUGGACUCAUCCGAGAGUACUACGGUACAACAGCGAUCGGUAUGAAAUAAACCAACAAAAGAAGCGAGAUCUUGAUUCGGAUGCGGAAUCGCUGGGUUCUAUGAAAGACUUUCUAGACGACAGUGAUAGCGAACAGUCGACAUCUUCGGAAUCAUCUUCUUCCGAGUCGGACGAUGAUGUAAAAGUCCUUGAUAAUGAUAGCGAAAGUAAUGCGGGCUCGGUCGAAUCAAGUAAGACCAACGAGAAGCCGGCAUCCAGUGAAGGGCCCUCCGCAGCUAAAACCACUGGACGACGAACUCGUAAAAAUGGUAUUGUAGAAGAGGAACCACCAGAACUAUCAAAACCGGAAAACCCGACCGAAUGGUGGAUGCAGUUGUGCCCCGAAUCAGAGCUGGAUAAUCUCGAGCACUCGGGCAAAUUGAUGCUGUUGAUGGAAAUUCUCAAGGAAUGUGAAGCUAUCGGUGAUAAGUUAUUGGUUUUCUCGCAAUCUCUGUACUCGCUCGACGUGAUUGAACAUUUCCUAUCCUUGCUGGACGAUAAUGCACAAAAGGACGAGGAUGAACAGGAUGAGAUACUGAGCAAAUAUCCUUGCUCGUGGUCACUCGGGUUGGAUUAUUUCCGGCUCGAUGGUUCGACCUCGAUUGACAACAGGAACGAUGCGUGUAAAGUUUUUAACGACGAAAACAACACACGGGCUAGAUUGUUUUUGAUAUCAACGCGUGCGGGUGGGCUGGGCAUCAAUCUGGUCGCCGCUAACAGAGUCGUUAUCUUCGACGUAUCAUGGAACCCGUCGCACGAUAUCCAGAGCAUCUUCCGUGUUUAUCGUUUUGGGCAAACGAAACCGUGCUACAUUUACCGCUUUAUUGCAAUGGGCACCAUGGAGGAGAAGAUCUAUGAACGGCAAGUGACGAAGCAAGCGAUAUCGAAACGUGUGAUCGAUGAGCAGCAGAUCGAUCGACACUACAAGGAAAAUGAUCUACAGGAGCUAUACCGCUAUGAUGUGGAACCGAGCGAACCGCGUCCUACUCCCAACCUUCCGAAGGAUCGAUUGUUUGCGGAGCUGCUGCAGCGGUUUGACAAACUGAUCUACAAGUACCACGAGCACGAUUCGCUGCUGGAGAACAAAGAGGAGGAGACGCUUAAUGAGGAAGAACGAAAGGCAGCUUGGGAGGAGUUCGAACAGGAGAAGAACCGUCCCCCGGUACCGGCCUAUGGGAUGGGUAUGGCCAAUAUGGGUAUGGGCAUGGGAAUGGGCGUUGGAAUGGCAGGCCGAGUAGCUGGUCCGGUGACAUCGAGUUCCACCUAUGGCAUCCGGAACGAUGUUUUGCUUAAGCUGCUCAACAUGAAGGCUCGCCAGGAUAACCCGACAUUGAGUGAUAACGUUGUCAACAGUAUGAUACCGUACAUGAUGCAGGAACUGUACCGUCAAAUGAACGAAGGGGAUCUAACGUUCUACAAGAGUUUGUUGGAGCUUCAACUUAGGCUGGAAGUUCCAUCGGCAAACAUGCAGCAGCAGGGAAUACGGUUCGCGAUGCCGGCCAACGCUGGUAUGGUAGGGCAAACAGUUCCUCAGCCGAUGAUGAUGAACGCAGCCGGUAAUGUGGCAUCGACCGCAACUCAGUUCGGUAACAUGCAGAUGCAAGGACCGGGACACAGUGGGAUGCCUCAGCCGGGCAUGAUGAUUCCCAAUGCCACCGGCGUGCAACCGACCACACUCCCUCGUCCGCUCAAUAUCGAUCCUGAAAUUGUAGAGUUGGACUAAAGCGUUCUAUCACGUUUCUCCGUAUUGCAGUACGAUACCAAACUUUUCCAUCGUACUGCUGUGUAAUUUGAUUAAAUUAAAAGCUCAACAAACUGUACGAUCAACUUUCGUGUGCUUAUAUACGUAACAGUCUACUAUGGAAGGUUAAAAAUAAGAAAUGUAGAAAUGAUCUAUCUAGCAACUAUCGCGUAAAUAUUUUUUCUCGGGAUGAUUUAUGAGGUGAAGAGAUGAUGUGGUGCUGUAUGUCAAUAAAUCUAUCAUUUCCUUCUUUGUA